AGCAGCAGCUUCAGGCAGGCAGGCAGGCUGGUUGAUGAGCAGCUGGGGAGGGGUCUGCAGUAUCAUGCAUGGGCUCACGACUCGUGGAAAUUUGAGAGGCGGUUCUGCACCCAGCGAGGGAGGGCAGCAGCAGCAGAAAAAAAGUCAGAGAAAGUAGUAAAAGUAGUUGAUUUGGAGUUGUGAACUGGUUUGUGCGACGAACAUCGAUCGACACACGAGUAUUACAACAACCAACACCACAGCAGCAGCAGCAGCCAACCAACCAACCAACCGCCUGUUGCUGGUGCUGCUCCUUUUUUCUUUUUUUUUUUUCCUCAGCAAGCUUCCUCCUUCUCUUUUUUCUCCCAGGCGUAUCCCUGUGGUCCUCAUUUGACUGGGAAGCCCUGGCGAAGGGGAAAACAAUGGAUGGCAGGAUGGGAACUUCUUCUUCAGAGUUGUUGGGGAGCUCUAACGAAAUGUGUGCUAACUUUUGGUGCUGAGAGAUGCUUGUCGCGCUUGGCCACCACACAGCCUGAAGAGGAAGAUCAGAACAAGAAGAAGAACACACACAAGCGUCCCCUCUUGGAGACGAGAGAGAGAGAGAGAGACACACACACGCACGCACACACACGUGAUGCGCCACAGCAGACUUAGAGUUAGUUAGUAGCUAGCAACUGAUCACGGUUGGAGAAGAGAGAGAGAGAGAGAGAGAGACAUAGAAAAAGAGAGGAAAGAUAGAGAAGAGAUACAACACAACGCUUUGGGGAAGGGAGGAGAAAAAAAGAACACGAAGAAGAAGAAGACUAAAAACAAGGGCUUAACAAGGAAGGACUUUCCUCUCCUCCAUAUGACCCACUCUAUCAUCCUCCUCCUCCUCCUCCUCCUCCUGCUGCUGCUGUAGAAGAGGAAGGAAUCCAGCCGAGAGGAGGAGAAAGCAGCAGCAAGUUGACGGACGGACGAACUUUGCACAUCUUCAGGAAACGCCAUUUUGGACUUCACUCCUCUCUGGAACAACUUUUGCUGCUUCUUUUCUUUCUUUCCUCCCCCCCCUUUUCCUCCUCCGUCUCCUCCUCCAACUCCUCAACAACUCCAUCACCCCCUCCUCCUUCAUCACACCUCCUCUACUACUACAACCACCACCACCACCACCACCACCAUCAUCAUCAUCAUCAUCAUGUCUCGGCGAAAGCAGCCCAACCCCAACAAAGUGAAGCAGCUGUGAGCCGUGGGUGCUGACACUCAAGGUGCGGCGGUCCCUGCCCCAGCCCCAGAUUAACACAGCCUCGUUGGUGGACGGUGAUGGAGAGUUUGGUGGAGGAGAAAAGACCCUCAGAGGUGCUCAGCUCUUCACUUAGCACCAAGGAGACCAAGCAGCAGCAGAAGGAGGAGACAGAGAAAGCCAUCCUCACACCGACACAAGAGAAACACACAGAGAGUCCAAGAGAUUUGGAGGACAGAAUGUCAGAGAGGAUGGAUGGACAGUUCACAGCAGAGGAUGGGAUAAAUGGAGUGGAUGGAGAGGACCUGUCGUCCAUCAACUCAAUGAUGAGCACUGUGAUGAAAGCAACUCUGAACGGAGGAGUGCAGACAGCCUCCAGCACCCCCACCAAGACCCCUAACAAGAGCCCGGGCGCCAGCCGCAAUGGCAGAAAGAGCCAGGUACAAGAAACCAAAGAUAGCUCUCCCCUUGUCUGCCCACUGUGUGACAAAAGCUGUCAAAGCCAGCACCAGCUUACAAUGCACAUUCGCCAGCAUAACUCUGAUGCUGGAGCAGCAGAUCACUCUUGCAGCAUCUGUGGAAAGUGCCUGAGCUCAGCCAGCUCACUGGACCGUCACAUGCUGGUGCACAGCGGGGAGAGGCCCUACAAAUGCAGAGUGUGUAGCCAGACUUUCACCACCAACGGCAACAUGCACAGGCACAUGAAGAUCCACGAUAAAGACCCAGCCAUCCCCGUUCCUACCAGCCCUCCAUCACCAAUGAAACGGAGACGCUCCUCCACAGCCAAGAGGAAGCUCAGCCAUGAUGAUGAAGUAGAUCGAACUGAUGAGCCUCCCAGCAAAAAGGUUGCAGAGGAUAAUGGAGUGGAUGAGCCGGCACCUACUAAAGUGCAGGAGGAACCGCUACCAUGCCCUAUCUGCUUUAAAACCCUCAGCUCUAAACAUGACCUGGAGGUCCAUAUGGAAAGCCAUCCUGAUGCUACUCUCAGGUGUGAGCUCUGUUGCAUUUCAUUUCGGACGCAUCGAGGUUUGCUGCGUCACAAUGCAGCAAUCCACAAACAGCUGCCAACCGACCCUAAUGGAGAACCAUUCAUUCAGAACAACCCCUCCAUUCCUCUUGGCUUUAAUGACCUGGCUUUUAUUGACUUUUCCUGCCACAAGUUCCCUCGCAUUGCCCAGAUUUGGUGUGAAACCAACCUACGUCGCUGCGCCAGCAAGUUUCAUCGCUUUGUAUGUGAAACCUGUGACAAGGCUUUCCCUCUGCGUUCAGCUCUAGACCUGCACAAGUCCACUCAUGACACUUCUUCUUCCGAAGGCCCUAAAGAGUCUGUUACUCCUCAGCCCCCCAGUGUCAAGACCUCUGUGUCUGAUAAAAGUAAUUUUAUGGAUUCUCUGGGUUUGCAACACAUCUCUCAGGUCAAACCUGCGCCGUCCGAAGAGGAUGCCAUGCAGGCAGCGUUGGACAGUAUCAGAGUCAUCCACGUGGAUCCGUCAUCGACCCAACAGGAGGUCGGCUUCCUUGGAGGCCUUGGCCUUUCCCUGGUGGAUCCGACCUCUCUCCGGGGCCUGCCUCAGCAGGAGGCCCUUAAACUCCUGUCCUUACAGCCUUUCCAGACUGGUUUUCUUGUCCAGCCGGAUGGCGGGAUGGUGGUAAAGCCGGUGAGCGAGACCGGGAUGGAACUGGCCGACAUACAGCAGAUUCUCAAAGUGGCUUCUGCCGCCCCAAAGCAGAUCAGCCUCCCACCGUUGUCCAAGGCACCGUGCAGCGCAAUGCAGUCCGGCUAUAAGCAGAUGCCCCCACUGAAACCAAAGCCCCUGGUGGCUCCCAGGACCAACAUGGCAGCCUCCACCCCUCCUCCUCUUGUGAGCACCCAGCAGGCGUCACUAGGCUGCAUAAGCCCCAGCUUACCACCUCCUGCUGCCCAUCCCCUGAAAGCUGGCAAAGAACUGUCUCCAGCUUCCUCCUCUUCAUCAUCAUCAUCGUCAUCAUCUUGCAACCAGGGUUCGAUGGAAAGAAUGCAAAUGGAGGCAGAGUUCAUGGGUGAUGCCCAAACCCCUAUGGACAUGGAUGAGCAGCAGAUCAAGCAGGAAGACGAAAAGACAGGACAGGAAACAUCUGGAAAGAAGGGACCAGCUCGCAAAGGCUCUUAUCCGUGCCGCCUUUGCAACCAGGUGUUUGCGUAUUCCGGCGUACUGCAGGCACACAUGCGGUACCACCAGGGCGUCAUGCCCCACCAGUGCAAUAUCUGUGACUACGUUGCUCCAGACAAGGCCACGUUGAUCCGUCAUCUGCGUACGCACAGUGGCGAGCGGCCUUACGUCUGCCGAGUCUGCCAUUACCCAUUCACCGUUAAAGCCAACUGUGAGCGCCACCUUCGCAAGAAACACAUGAAGAACACUCGAAAAGAGAUCGAGAAAAACAUCAAAUAUGUUACGGCAACUUCCACGCCAGAUGCUUUGGAUCAAGCCAGCUCAGCUGACGCCACCUGCCAUUUUUGCGGCGAGGACCUGAAGACCUAUCGAGCUCUGCAGAUCCAUCUGCGUACUCACAACGGUUUCCAGCGAAAGCCAUUUGAGUGCAAACGCUGUGGGGCAGCCUUCCUGGCUAAGCGCAACUGUAUCCACCACCUGCUGAAACAACACCCUGAAAUCCAAGAGCAUGAUAUCAAGAAUCACAUAGCCAUUUCUCCUUCUUCUGAGGCCAGUCCUAGCCCUUCUCCUGUCAAUGGAUUGUCACCAAGUGCUCCUCUGAAUCCCAUUAAAGUAGAGGAUCAGAGCUACUACACCACAGACCCCGAGCAACCACUGGACUUCUCCAAAAAAGGCAGAGGACCCAGCCACACUGGCAGCACAAGUAGUUCUCCUGUGAUUAAGAUGGAGGCCAUAUCUUACGACAGUUCCAUGGAGCCCAUUGAUCUCUCCAUUCCCAAAAAUCCAGAGAAGAAGCUGAAGGUGGACACCAAUCCAGGGCUGCAAAUGGAAGUUAAAAAGGAGCAGACCUACUUCAAUGCAAAGGAUCUUACUCUUGCCCAGAGUCUUCAGGCAGAUAGUAGACCCAUUGAUGAGAAGCCUCAGCAGCUCGGUUGUUACCAAGUCCCAGUAGCCUUGUCCACUCUCAGUGCAGCCAGCACAACAGGUCGAGCCUUGCGGCUGCUGAAGCCCCUUCUACCCAAGCCUACAAUUGCUGGUGUGAAGGAGCUGCCUCCAUUAGCCUCCAUCGCUCAGAUCAUCUCCUCUGUCUCUGGUGCUCCUGAGCUCCUAAAAGCAGAGAAACCUGUUAAUAGCUGUCCACCAGGUCCUGAUCCAUCCUUUAAGCAGGAGGUCAUAGACUCCCCAGCAGAGGAGCUUUCCCUAGAGGGCACCAAGAAGGGGUGCAAGAAAAGGCCAGUCAUCAACACAGCGAGGGAGAAGCCUACACUGAACAACAUCACAGACACCAGUAUUGACUUGGAGUCCAGCGGAGAGUUUGCUAGCGUAGAGAAGAUGCUGGCCACCACCAAUGCCAAUAAGUUUAGCACGUACCUGCAGAGCAGUACGAUUGAGGUUGAAGAAAAAGAAGAAGAUUUGUGUGCGACUGGCAGGAGAGACGCUAAAGAUGAAAAACAUCUGUCAGCCAAGCACAGCCCACAGUCCAGAGGGAAGAAGAAUGCAUACUCUAACUCCGUGCAGAAGAUGACCUGCCCGUUCUGCCCCAGAGUAUUCCCCUGGGCGAGCUCUCUCCAGCGCCACAUGCUGACACACACCGGUCAGAAGCCAUACCCCUGCCCUCAGUGUGAAGCCCUGUUCUCUACAAAGUCUAACUGUGAGCGCCACCUGUUGCGCAAACAUGGCGUAUCCAACAGAAUCCUCCGGCAAAAUGGUGCCAUACCAAAACCCAAGGAGAUGGACGGCUCGCCAGAGGACGGGUCACAAGAGAGUGCAGAGAGCAUGUCUGAGAGUGGAGAUGCAAUGGAUCUGACAAGUUCUGAGUCUGAAAAGCCGACUGCAUCUGAUGCUGAGAAACCCUCCCCCGCCAAGCCUACAGAGGCAGCUGUAGUAGUAAAGCCUGUUCUCCACCAGAUGGAGGCAGAUCAUCAUCUGGAGGAGAGAAAGAGCACAGAGAAUGAUGAGGAUUCCCACAGCAAUAAGAGCCUGGACCUGAACUUCGCCACCAAGCUGAUCGACUUUACGUUCUCUGAAGGUGAACAGCAGCAGUCCUCUCCUGCCGCGGACACAGAACAGCACGAGCGAACACCACCACCACCACCACAGCAGGAGGAGUCCAACAAGCUGACCUGCAAGAGCUGCAACAAGAGCUUCCGAUACGCCACCACUCUCGCCAGACACGAAAAGGUCCACCAGCUGGAGAGUCUGGCUAGUGUGCCCACUGUGCCUCCCAAACCCGAGGAGAGCGCUGAGGUAGCUGAGCCUGUUGAGCCUAAGAAAGAGGUGGUGGAUGAGGAACUGGAGAAAGAGGAGCAGAAGGAGGUUACUGCAGAGAGUGAAGGAGCAGGCAGUGCAAUAGACAGCGGCUCUGAGGAGGAGAGGAGCGACGACGAGGGAGGAGCAGCGGAACCAAAGACUUGUGACGGAGAAGCUGUAACUACCAGAGGCAAAUCUGAGAAGAGGAAGAAGAUCUGCAGUGUGUGUAACAAGCGCUUCUGGAGCCUUCAGGACCUGACCAGGCACAUGCGCUCUCACACUGGUGAGCGGCCGUACAAGUGUCAAACCUGCGCACGCACGUUCACCCUGAAGCACAGCCUGGUCCGACACCAGCGUGUUCACCAGAAGCCCAGAGGAGUGGACGGAGAGGGCUCGGCGUGUGAGAUGAUGGGCAGAGGCGGGGACGAGGAGGCGUUCAGCGGCCGCUCAGCCAGCGAGGGAGAAUACACCCCCACCAGCACCAACCCGCCCUCUGAUAACGAGAGCGAAGGCACAGAACCAGCUAAAGAGGGUCCAUGCUUACAGGAGAAGAGCAGUGAGUCUAAAGAUCCAGAGGGACUGGAGAAGGGACCUGAAGAGGAACAAGCAGAAUCUAAUAAACCAGCAGCAGAGAACCUCAAAUCCAAAGAAGCUCCAUCAGAGGAGCAGCCUGCAAACACUGUCACAUCCCUGGAGCAGCCAGCAGAGUUCCUCCAAGGCCUGCUGGAGAUCCACGCCAAGCCCGGCAUCGAGAGCAUCCUCACCAACAGUGAGCCCACUCUGCUGGGGGUGGAGUGAAUAAGACCCUCACUCCUCUUUUCUCUAGUACUUUCUGGCAGGAAUGCAUCACACUGCACUCCAGAGGCUGUGCCAUACUAUAUAUAAGAACAUUUGUAAUUACAAAACUUUUCUUUUUUUAAAAAUGAGAAACAAAGACGAACUUUUCCAAGUGCCUUGCUACUUUUUUUGCUAUAUCUUUAUCUACUACCAGAUGAUCUAGUUGAUUUUUAGAGUAUUUUAUAAAGAUGAUUUUUCUUUUUUUUUGGAAUCUUUGAAAGAAACUGCAUUAAUAGCAAUAAAUAAACCAUUUAGUACAACAAUUUGUAUGAUUUAAGUGACUGAACAUAACAAGAAGAAUGGUUCUACCGAAACCAGGUUUAUAUGGUUUUAGACCAGCAGAGGCAGAAGACAUAUGGCUACUGAGACCACAGUGUAGUGUCGAGGCUUGUGUGUGCGAGUGCUUGUGUGAGCAUAUAACUGGAAUACGUUAGCGUUAGCCUUCUCGUCAAAGGGCUGUUUCACGGACUCACUUGCACCCUGUAGUUAUUUUUCCAAUGAUAGAAAGGUCUCCAGAGUAUCGCCAGAGUAUCGGAAACAGUAAAGAACUGUGUUCUACCUGAAAAUGAGGGCACAAGGCUUCAUUAAGUUCUGUGGGCAGCCCCCAGAGUGGUGUGCAGUUUCAUUAUAUUAAAUAUAUGGGCAAUAUUUGCCUGAAAUAUCAUGAAUUUCUCAGCUACACUGACCAUGUCAGUUGUUCUGUUGGAAGAAAGUGAAGGACCCGAGUUUUUUUUAUUUUUUUACUAAGAGGGAAUUGCAGUGUUUUUGUUUUUGUUUUUUUUAUAUCUAAAGGGCUUAAGAUUCGCUUUCCCUCUAAACCAGCAUCACAAACUUACAAACCCCAGACACACAAGAACAGAGCUAAUUUAUCGGACAGUAAUGAUGAUGAUAAUAAUAGGGUCCUGUGUCCAGGUUUAAUGUCUUCCAACCUACUUCAAGCCUUACUAGUGUUUCUACAUAUAUAUACAUAAAUAGUAUUUACAUAGGCCUCCUCCAGGCCUGUAGCCUGUUGGGCGAACACUAGUCUACUGCUCUACCAGUCUGUGUUUUCUUCCUCCAUUUUGACGUGUACUUGAAAUCUGUCACCCUGCUGCCUCCUCUCUUCGGAUAUGGCGCUAGUUUUUGCGGGUCCAUCAUCUUCACAAGCUCCUCCCCCCGAGAAGGAUCUCUAGACGUCAAUCACAUUAGCGUAAGCAACAUUUCUGGUGUUGGGUAUUUUAUUAUUGCUAUUGUAUAUUUUUUACUUUUCUUUUUUUUUUCCAAUUUUGUGAACCUCAGACUCAAACAAAGCAAACCUCAAAAGGCGCGGAAAAAAGACUUGAAACGGAGGUGGACUGUUAUGAUGGACGCUUUUCACGUCAGUUUUCCAGACUAAUAGUAAACUGGACGACUGGGUGUUUCCCCCUGGGCACAGUCAGCGCUGGCGUGACAGGAGAAUAAUGGAUAGUGUGACCUUUGUGCAGAAAGAAACGGACAGAAACGGAGUAUUACCAAGCGAGGCUUCCUUGGAUAAUUGAAUAAGCAACGGGGAAACGAGUAAAGGGGUGCACUAGCUCCCCUCCAGUUUUUCCCUGACUCUGCUUCUCAGGCACAAGGCUAUUGAAAGGACUUGUAUUGACAAUAUUUUUUACAAAAUGCAAUCGCUUUCUCAAUCUGUAUAAUAUUAUAUUACUGGGACAUUACUGCUUCCCCUAAUGCCUUUUUCUGUGUAUUGGGGUGUGUAUUGAGCGAGUGUGUUGCAUAUGUGUGUAUGUGUGUAUAUAUAUGCAUGCACAUGGGUGUGUGGAUGGAUGUGUGUGUGUGUGUCAGGAUUCUUGGUAAGAAUGCUGCACACAGACCGACUGUUUUAAAUGUAUUUAUUGUAGCCCAGAAGUGAAGAAGUAAAACGUGGAGAAGCCAUGUAUUAUUAACACAAUUAUGCUGCAGAGAGAAAUGAUUUAGAUUCAGUACAUAGAGAGAGACAGAGAGCGGCCCGGCCUAGAAUCGGGCCUAUCCUAGCAAUAAUCACUAUUGAUCCAAAAGCUUUAUGUAGACGUUUGUAUGUGUUUUAUAGACUGUGUGGAUUUUUUUUUUCUUUUUUUGAUAUUAUUAUCAGUUUGGCUGAGAGAUAAGAGAGUUCUGUUUUUUUUCUGUCUUUGAUCGAUUGAUUGAUGUAUAAUGCAUAUAAAACUGUGAAAUUUGAUAUUCUGCUAUGGGUGAAUCUUUAGGGUAGUUUUUUGCAUGUUAACCUUUUUAUGUUGUUCAUUUAUGGGUGUUUUUCCUGCCCCCCCCCCCCCCCCCCUCCCCCUCCCACACUGUCUUGCUCUCAGGGUUUUUACAAAAUACUUACUGAAAAAUUCAAUUUUUUCCUGAGUUGCAAAAAAAUCCCCCCCUCCAACUUUUGAUUUCCUUUUUAUUGUUGAACAAGUCGAUCUGUCAAUCACUACUUUUAGCACUUGACUGUGAAUUCAAACCAGUGGGCAGGAUUUGCUGAAUCCACACAAUCCCACAUUCCUCUCAUCCUGCAUUAUUUUCCAUGUUAUAAUUAAUUUUUCUUCCAGUCUUCAGUCAUUUUCCACUGCUGGUUCCUUCUCUGUCACUUUUAUUCUCAUGAGAAAACAUCUAGAUUAGCCUAAGAAAUGGCAGAUUUGUCACUGUCUGAAGUUCUGACCCAUAUCAAAGGGAGCUUUGCGUCGCUGCUACACACAAACACAUACACACAAAUAAUUCUACUGGACUUGAACGGAACCAGAAUCAUCCGGAAUAUUUUGGUACACUACUCCUGCUCUUCGAAUGAGUGCUUCAGAAUCAGAGAUGUAAGCUGUUCUGUAUCAAAACUAUUAAAGCAAUAAAAUUCUAUUAAAAUAA